UUGAAUCGGAACCUUACAAACUUAAUGUACUACGCCAGAUAUGUAUGGGUUAGGUAGUCAGCUGUAGCUUCCAUAAGUGAUUAGGAUUGUUUUAAUUCCCUCUUUCAUUUUUAGCUUAAAAAAUACGCCUUAUUCAUUUUAAUCAGAAACAAUGCGUCUAUUAAAUAACCAUUGAGACUGCAGAUGCAUGUGUUGGGGUUCAUCUCGUCUGCCGUCUCUUGGCCUAUCUCAGCCUUACUCUGGCAUCCAACGAUAUCUUGGGUACCGUCAGAAACCCCACCCCACGAAGAAACGAAGACAUCUAAGUCAAACGCUGCACUCUCACCGUUUCUCUUCACUUACAUUGUUAAUCACGAGAUGUACGCGUCGUUGAUCUUAAUUGUCUGAAGACAUUUGAAGAUAUUGCUUUUUUUUUUUUUUUUUUCUUUAGAUAAACUAUACCUAUGGAGGAGAAUCUCUACUUUCUAGAUAGCAAUGAUCCUCGUUGAUGUCGCGAUAUACCUUCUUAAAGCCUCCCUCCUCGAGAAUCUCGAAAUUCACUCAUAAAACCCAAUUGGCACGAAGAAAAGAGGAGUAUCAAAAUGUCCGAAGUCCUCGGGGAUAUUGAUAUCGAACUAAAUACGGACAUCAUCCGCGAAUGGCGAUCAAUUGUGACCCUUAUCGUCUUCGUUCUCACCAACAUUGUUGUCCUCUUCCCUUUUCAUAUCCCAUUCUACAUCCCUAGGCCAUUUAAAAACGCCAUAUUGGAUGGUCUAAGCGCCCUACGGGUCAUAGGGCCACGGCAAGAUGCUUCCCUGUAUGAACCAGGCUCUACCGAUGCCCAAAGCGGUGAGGGGGGCAGCGGAAAUAAGUACUUUGUACGACUCGAAUUUCCCAUGAACUUCGUAACUGCUCCUCUGAUAGCAGACCUGUUUUUGCUGGCCAUUCUAGCGAUUGGUCGAGAUGAAGUAUACGGCGGCACCAUUGGUGCCAACAAUAUCUCUCCUAUUGAUAUUAUGGCUUUCUUCAUCACACUAUCGUACAUUGCUAUAUCGAUAGACGCUUCUGGCCUCAUCCGAUAUCUUGCAUUCAAAGUACUUCAAAGGGGAGGGAAGUUUGGCCACCGGCUCUUCUUCUAUCUGUACGCCUUCUUCUUUGCCUUGGGUAGCUUCAUCGGGAAUGAUCCCAUCAUCUUGUCUGGGACGGCUUUCCUCGCAUACAUGACGCGGGUCAGCUCCAACAUUAUACAUCCUAGGGCAUGGAUUUUCGCCCAAUUCGCCGUGGCAAAUAUCGCUUCAGCCAUCCUUGUAUCCUCUAACCCUACCAACCUUGUGUUGUCGGGCGCCUUUGGUAUCAAGUUCAUCAUCUACACUGCCAACAUGAUAGUUCCUGUAAUUGUUACGGCAAUUGUCCUCUUCCCCUUCCUACUCUACAUUGUCUUCGCAGACGAGUCUCUCAUCCCGCUCUCCAUUCAGAUGCAUGAACUUUCAGAGGAAGCGAAGGCCAAGAAACCCGUCAAUCCUAACAUUCCCAACGCGCGAGGAAAUGCCGAAGAAGAGGAGAACGACCCGGCAAAUGGAGAGCAAAGCAAGCAAUUGUCUCUCGAGGAGAUCAUGAACCCAUUUCUAGACAAGGGUGGUGCAGGCUUCGGGGCUCUUAUUAUGGCCGCAACGCUUAUUACGCUUCUUGUGCUUAAUGCUGCAAGUCGGAAUACUGGGCAAUAUCCUGUAUUCUAUGUCACUGUCCCAGCUGCAUUCGUCAUGUUCUGUUGGGAUGUAACAUUCGGGUGGAUUCAUCGCGAGGAAACUCGUAGAAUUGCUCUUGCCGGCCGAAAAGAGGUUGAACGAGCUCGAGAAGCACGAGAAGAGGAAUUGAGGCAACUUGCAAUAGCUCAAGAACAGGCAACCGUAUCCGAACCCCUCAUGAUAGAUGAUCAUACCCGGGAUAUCAAUUCUAAUAAUGAGACCGGUAUCGUUAGUGGGGUUAAUGGCCAAGAUACUCGCCCUUCAACUAGCGGUAUCAGCACUCUCAACGAGAAACAGGAAUCACAUCCCACAAAUGCGCCCAAGUCGUCAGAAGGAAAUAUCACACCAUCUAGUGCUCCAGAAGAGAAGAGUCAAGCGUCAUCCGACCAAGAGACCGACAUCGAGAAACAGAUUGAUCGUGACCUAACAAAAGAUGGUAAACCGACGCUUGUAUUCAUAGUCAAGAACCGUUACAGGUGGGCGCAAGAAACAUUCCCGACUGCAGCAGCAGUCAUUGGUCACCUACCUUUCGCGCUUGUUCCCUUUGCCUUCUCAAUGUUUGUCCUGGUGCAAGCGUUGGUUACCAAAGGCUGGGUGCCAGUUUUUGCUUAUGGUUGGGAUCAUUGGGUAAACAAGACAGGCACAGUAGGUAGCAUCGGUGGCAUGGGCUUCCUCUCUGUGAUACUCUGCAAUUUUGCGGGUACGAAUAUCGGUACCACCAUCCUCUUGUCCCGCGUCAUUCAGGCGUGGCAGAAGAUCCAUCUGGUGAAUGGUACACCAAUCUCUAACCGAACAUUUUGGGCAACGGUUUAUAGCAUGGCGCUCGGAGUCAAUUACGGCGCAUUUAGCACUGCAUUUAGCGCAUCUUUAGCCGGUCUCUUAUGGCGCGAUAUCUUAGCAAGAAAACAUAUCCGUGUCCGAAGACUCGACUUCGCCCGCGUGAACCUUCCAAUCAUCACCAUUGCUAUGGUUGUAGGUUGCGCUAUCUUGACCGGCGAAGUGUACAUUAUGAGGGAUGAUUCUCCUUACGACAAACAAUGAUGAUCAUGAAAAGCAUUAGAGCGUUAUAGAUUUACGAUUUACGAUAUCCCAUCGAAUUGAAUAUAAAUGAUAUUUAUAAAAAUUUAA